AUGAGAAAUCCCGUUCAAGCGGAUAUCAUCUACCGUGAGAUCCAGGAGCAGGGAGUGGACGCGACACCUGCCGGCCGAGAUCGUCUACCCCGAUGCCAGAAUCUAGAGGGAGCUAUAUUUGAGUCACUGCGCCUCUAUCCUUCUCUUCCGACAGGAGGGAAUCGAAAGACCCCUGCUAACAAGGGGAUCACUGUUGCCGGGGUCUUUAUCCCUUCCGACACCACCGUGGUGGCUCCUCGCUUCUGCAGUUCCCGACGGGAGGACUGUCUUGCAAAGCCGAAUAAAUUUGUCCCCGAACGAUGGACUACGCAGCCUGAAAAGGUGCGCAAUCGGUCGGCCUUUACACCUUUUGGGAUUGGACGGGCCUUGUCAAUGAACGACAUGAUGCUCCGCACACAUUAUCGGAAAAUAUCGUAUAAAUUUUCCGGCCGGUGA